UGCAGGUGCGCAAAGCUUACAGCGAAGUGUUUUGAGGAGGAAAAGGGACGUUUUGGGCUAAAAUGACACAGUUUUUGACUUCAAAGUUGCGGACGAAAGAGGAAAGAAAGAAUAAAACUAGAGCGAAAUGUUUCCCGAGCUCGAGGAAUGUGAUUGUUUCGUGGGAGGAGAGCGGGAAGAUGAGCAAGCUAGCAAGCUAACCUAGCUAACGUUAGCGAGGAGGAGCUAACUGCUAACGGUCGAGAGAAGAGAAAGGGUCCCAUGAUCUCUGCCGGUGAUGCCGAGUUCCCGCGGGAUUACCACACCCUGGCUGCCGGUGGCGGCCGCGGGGCCCGGCGGUUCCCCGACAACACCAACGGGGGGUUCACGUCGUCCUCGCUGGACCGCCGGCACAACUCUGUGGCCGCCAAGAGUCUGGAGGCUUUGAAUAGCAUCCACAAGGCGGACAUCGAACGCCAGCGAGACGCCCUCAUGGAUCUCCAGAAAAACAAGUUUUCCAACAGCCCUGGCAGCGUGUCGCAGGGCUCCGCUCCUCCUGGACGACAGCAACAACCAAACUACUGGAGCUUCAAGACUCGCACACCACGUGUGACACGACUCAGCCCAACACAGCCGGCUCUUGCUGACCAGGCCAACAGGGUAUCCUUUGCGUCAGCUGAAAAUCUGGAGACCAUGUCGGAGCCUGACAUCCCCAUCGGCUUUAACCGGAUGAACCGGCUUCGCCAGAGCCUGCCGCUGGCCCGCUCAUCCAGCCAGGCGAAGCUGCGGGCGCCAGGGAUCUUGUUCCUCCAGCUUGGGGAAGAGACUCGCAGGGUGCACCUGACCCACGAGCUGACCAGCCUGGAUACUCUGAGGGCCCUCAUCGUGCACAUGUUCCCACAGAGGCUUACCAUGGCCAUGCUCAGGUCUCCCAGCACAGCUCUGCUGAUCAAAGAUGAGACCCGUAACGUCUUCUACGAGCUGGAGGACCCGCGGGACGUUCAGGACCGCUGCGUAAUCAAGAUUUACUGCAAAGAGCCCAUCUACGGCACCUACCCCGGACACCACAACCCACACCUGGCUAACGGAGACCUGCGGAGGGAGAUGGUGUAUGCGCCUCAGGACUCUCCAACCAACCGCCGCCUCAGCAACCCACCCAUGUCUUCCCAGCAUUCAUCGUCCUCCGCCUCCCCUCAAGCCUCACCGUCCCGCGCCCGCCUCCUCUACAGCGGUGGCAGGCCUUCCUCCUAUGCCGGGCCGGCCCACCACACCCACUCCCUGCCACAUCCGCACCCGCACUCCCAGUCCCACCACUCCUCUCCCCACCAGCAACCACAGCUCCAUCAGCCCCAUCACACCCAGCCGGCCUUCUGUGCCUCCUCCAGCGCCAUCCUGGAGCGCAGGGACGUGAAGCCCGAUGAUGAUGGAUCUCGGAGCAUGGUGCUGCUGCGGGGAGACGAACGUGGGGUAGGGGGUAUCUAUGCGGACCCCUACUCUCUGGGCCCAGACACAAAUCGGAUGAGUCUGGCAGGAGGUCCUCACUCCCCUCUGCCAGCGAGAGCAGACCCCUAUGGUUCCUUAUACCGCCGUGGAGGGGGAGGAGGAGGAGGAGGAGGAGGAGGUGCUGGAUCAAUGCGUUCCCUCACCUCCUAUUCAGCAGCCGCUUUACAAGGAGAGCUGAUGGAAAGCGGUGCUCUCUAUAGACCAGGAGGACCGCUUUAUAACGACGCCUACGCUGCGUCUAUGUUGGCCAUGGGGCUGCGGGUGCCGCCGCCUUCCUCCCCACAGAAGAUACCCGACAUGAGGGAUUCCUACGCGGGCACCAUGCCCGGUCGAGGCUCCCCCGGGAGGCAGAGUUUGAGAAGGGACUCUGUGACCACCUCUGUGUUUGGGGACAGCCCCAAAGCCCGGGGCCAAGGAUCAGGGUUGGGUCUCACCUCAGAGCAGCUCUGCUUGAUGGCCGGUCCCGGAGGGGAGGGAGGGAGCGCCGGAGGCUUCGGCUCACCUCUCCUGGGAAAUGAAACGGAGACCAGGGAGCGUAUGGAGGCCAUGGAGAAGCAGAUAGCGAGCCUGACCGGACUGCUGCAGAGAGUUCUGAGCAGAGCGCCUGAGGCAGAAAGCCCGGAGAAGAUUGAGUCAGCCAGUGACUGCUCAGGAACUGACACUUUGACACCAUCUGCUCCCUUGGCCCUGAUGCCACCUCCGCCCUCGGGGGCCAACCAGCCGGUGACAGUGUCCCGUCUGCAGAUGCAGCUCCACCUACAAGGCCUGCAGCAGAACACCAACGCACUGCGCAAGCAACUGUCACAGCUACGCAACAUACAGCUGGAGAACCAGGACUCAGUCUUGUCCCUGCUGAGGCAGACGGAGUCAGAGCUGAGCCUCAUGAUGCUGGACGCCAUGCGCACACAGGAGGACCCGCUCCAGAGACAGCGCCUCCUAGUGGAGGAGGAGAGACUCAAGUACCUCAACCAGGAGGAGCUGCUCAUCCAGCAGCUGCAUGACCUGGAGAAGUCAGUGGAGGAGCUGCAGAGGAACUCGUCAGUCAACCACGGCCUGGUGACGGAGCAGGAUGUGGAGCAGAAGAGCAAAGAGCUGAGGAUGCUGGGAGAGACGCUCACAGACCUCAAAAACCAGUUCCCCAGCCUGCAGAGUAAGAUGCGAGUGGUGCUGCGGGUGGAGGUGGAGGCUGUUAAGUUCCUGAAAGAGGAGCCUCACCGCCUGGACGCGCUGCUGAAGCGCUGCAACACCAUGACUGACGCGCUCAGCACGCUCCGCAGUUUCUUGUAUCCCUCCUAUAUGUACAGACAAGUCACAGAAGGUGUGUGGAAGAGCCCCGAGGACCUCUCCAGCCAAUCCCAGAAGAGAUCGGACGACAUAAGUCGCAACUCUGACCUGGAUAUCCUGAACAGUCCUCCUCUCAGCCUCUCUGACCUGAGCACCAGCGCUGGUCUGGCCAACUGGAUGCCCGUGUCCGCCGGCGACGCAGACACCUCGGGCCCCGAGCAGGACCUCCAGCCUUCAAUGACCUUCAGAAACCGGGUCCUCGAUGACCUCCCAAGUCGGCGUCCUGCUGAUAAGUCUGUGUCGGCCGAAGUCAGACUGGCGGCGGAGCGGGACUGGGAGGAGAAGCGUGCCAGCUUGACCCAGUUCAGCGCCCAGGACAUCAAUCGCUUGCUGGAAGAGACCCAGGCUGAGCUGAUGAAGGCCAUCCCGGACCUCGACUUCGCUGCCAGGCACAUCAACAAACCGGCAGUGCCCCCCAAGCCCCAGAUCACCAUCCCAAUAACCUCCACCACAGUUGCUUCUCCUGCAACUGGGACCACAGCCACCACCACCUCCUCAACCACCACACCCAGCGGGGACCAGCAGCCUGGCAAAGUGCAGAUGGCAGCCCAGAAGCUGAACAGCAUGGAGGGGGCCGGUUCACAUCGAGGGUCGGUGGAUCUCAAUGUGGCCCGGUAUCGUACAGAGAAACCCUCCAAGUCUCCACCUCCGCCUCCACCCCGCCGAAGCUUCCCCUCGGCACACGGCCUCACCACCAACCGCACCGGAGACGUCAUCGUCACCACCAAGAACCUGAAGAUGGAAGAAGACGGGGACUUGCCUAAAACUCUUGUGAAGCUGAGGCGGACCCCCUCCGACGCCCCUCGACCCGCCUCGACCCCGCCUGUGAUCGCAGCAUCGGCCAUUCAAGACGAGGACGACGAAGAGAAGAUUAUUGCUGAGCUAGAGAUAUUUCAGAGAAUGCCUGUAAAAGAUUGUAAUAAAAGAUACAGCACCCUACAGAAGGCCGCCCCCACCCCUCCCUGCACCUUUGGGUCCUUGAGCGGAAAGAACAGCAGCAACUCUCCGGGGCCGACGAAGGGCCCCACCGUCGCAGCCAGGCUCAAACACCUUCAACAGGGCAGCCUCGAGAGGCCCAAAACCCGCAAGCAGAAAGAGGAUUUCCCCAAAGUCCAGGGCCAGCAGCAGGUAUUCCACUUCUAAAACCUCCACCUCCGAUGCUCCGUCUGCCUCUUUCAUCACUUCAAAGGAAGUUUCCCCUGCGACUUCUGCGAAUUGAGAAACUGUAUAGGCCCAACCAGCAGACAACAUGAGAUUACACACAAACCAGAGGGGGAACCAUCUUCAGAUCGAUUUUUACCAGUUCUUGAUGUGUGUUUUUGACAUUUGAGUUACUGGAUCUAACCUAGCUUGCUUACAGAUCAAGUUUUUGUCGUGCAAGUGUUUUUUAUUUCCCGAGGAAGGUCUUGGUGGUGCUCGUGACUGAUUAAACUAGCUUUAUUAUCAUAGUCAGAUCUAUUCAGAUACA